GACGAGAAAUACCUUAUCCACGAAUAGAUUGACUAAUCCUCGAGUUACAGUCGAGAUACGGGUAUUACACAUCUCAACGAUCUCCCCGAUGUCUUCACCACCUACCGAAAACAAAUAGAGCCCUUGCGUGAGAAGGCAAGGAAGACAUUGCCAGUACCUGAAAAGGGGGCCUUGCCUGCAUAUCCCGACAUAGACAUGAUUCCAAGUCAGCAACCACCAUUCAAUAUCCCAGGCACCUGCGAGGAGUUGGUUGACGCCGUCGUCAGGCCGGUGAAGAACUUCCUAGAGGACCUGCCAGACUUUCCGGAGAAGGCAGAAUCAUCCCACCCGUUCAGAGGCGGAGAGACAUCAGCUCAUAAGCGAAUCGACCAUCUCGUCAUGAGCGGAGGCAUGAAAAGCUACAAGGACUCCAGGAACGGCCUCCUUGGACCGGACUUCAGUACCAAGCUGUCUGCGUACCUCGCACAGGGAUGCGUCACCGCUCGCCAGAUCCACCACGCUUUGGUGGCCUACGAGGAUGGAACGGGCACCAAGUACAAAGGGGCUGAUGGUUUUGGUGAAGGUGAUAAUCAAGGCACAGAGACCGUCAGAAUGGAACUCUUAUGGCGCGAUUACAUGAGGUUGUGUCACCAAAAGUAUGGUGACAAGCUAUUCCGCGUAGAGGGCUUCAACGGCAAGCACACCGAUUACGAAGGCGAAGAUAAGAAGUAUGGGUGGAGAACUGCCAAUACGAGCAUAGCGUUGCCUGGACAGGAACCUACUCCUGAAAAGGUUUCGGAGAUCCUUGCGAGGUUCAACGCCGGAACCACAGGCAUGGGACUUAUCGAUGCGUCGCAACGGGAGCUUAUACACACCGGUUACACAUCCAACCGGACACGGCAAAAUGUUGCUAGCUUUCUCGCCAAGCACUUGGAGAUCGACUGGAGAUAUGGCGCAGAGUGGUAUGAGAUGCUGCUCGUGGAUUACGAUGUGUCCUCCAACUGGGCCAACUGGCAAUAUGUAGCCGGUGUGGGCAACGACCCUCGCGGCGCGGCUCGGAUUUUCAACCCAGUCAAGCAGGCAUUUGACUACGAUAAGGACGGUACCUACGUUCGGACGUGGGUGCCCGAAGUAGCAAAAUUCGAGAACCUCGAGAAUGUUUUCCAGGCUUGGACAGCCUCCAAAGAGGACCUGAAGACGGCAGGCCUGGAGGGAAACAUCAUGGUUACGGAUCCGGUCAAGCCUAUAAAGUUUAACCUUGACCACAAGCCAUCCAAGGUCAAGAAACGGCCCUUCUUCAGAAAAAGAGGUACCAAAACUCGAGAUGCCCAGGGUAGCGCUGAAAGCCCGGGUAGUAGCGAUGGUCAUUCUGGCUCUGGCGGCAGUCCCGACGGUUCCGGUGACAGCAACAUACCAUCCGAGUCUAAUUGUGCCGCUGUAGGGUCUGGCCAAGCGCAACAGACUUAUCAGGGUAGCGGCAGGUCACAGUCAUCAAGCAACCAUGGUGGGCGCUCGCACUCACACCAGCACAACCAGCACAACCACCAUCACUCCCACCGCGGCAACGAUUAUACCCGGGGAGGUGGCGGUGGUCGUGGAGGUCGUGGCGGUGGAGGCGGCGGAUAUUCUGCGUCUCAAGGGUAUUACGGCAUUGGUGGUGGUUACCGUGGCGGCGGACGGGGCAGAGGCGGAGGAGGAGGAUUUCGUGGCCGGUAUGCUCCAACUGGGGGAUUAGGUGGACAUCAUCACCAUUCCGAGCAACAAGUAGCCUCACAAUUCCAGACUGACGCAUAGGAUCCGUCAGCUGCUACUAUGUUUGGUAUGUUGCCGAAUGUAAUGACCACGUACCAUUUGGACGGCUACUAUUCUUACUUUGCUUCGCCAUUUCCUUACCAGCCUGCGUACGCUCACCAUCAUAUGUAGCUGGGCUGGAUAUCGCGGGUCGGGGUUCCGCGGUGGGUGAGUGGGUGGGU